AUGUCGACUUACCACAAAAUACGUUUUAAUUGCCUCCUUAAAAAGAAAAGCAAUCCUACGGCCAGAGAUGUUCCACGUGAUUUGGAUUGACGAAUGGAAGCCCACAAGAAAGAGUUUAACUUGAAUUUUCAGGUUUAAUGGAAGGAUCGAGAGCGGAUAGAGCAGAGAGCAGAUGAAGAUGAAGGUGCAGUGCGAUGUAUGCGAAAUAGCAGAGGCAACUCUUAUGUGUAUUGCAGAUGAGGCCGCUCUCUGUUCUCAGUGUGAUGAUAAAGUCCAUGCCGCCAACAAGCUCGCAAGCAAACAUCAGAGGGUACCACUUAUCUCCCCUUCUCAUUUGCCCAAAUGUGACAUUUGCCAGGAGAAGAAUGCAUAUUUUUUCUGUGUGGAGGAUCGAGCCCUGCUGUGCAGGCAGUGUGAUGUUUCAAUACAUUCUGCUAACCAUCUUGUAGCUGCCCAUCAGAGAUUGCUUGUGACGGGAAUCAAGGUUGGCCUUGAUCCCAUCAAAAACAUAUCUGGUGAGAAGGCAGCAACUGGUUUGAAGGAAGUUAGUGCAAGUGCAAUGAACAAGGGGCCAGGGACAGUGCUCAAGGGGCCAGGGACAAUGCACAAGGGCCCAGGUACGCGACCAGGAGCAGCUAUCGUCUCCGACUAUAUUUCUGAAUCAUUACCAGGCUGGCGAAUGGAUGAGGCUUUCCUUCUUCCUUACAUUGAUAAUGGUUAUGGUUUUGAUGAGCCAGGGUCUUCCAAGGCAGAUAAUGGCAAUUUUGGAGAAUAUGAAUGGAGCACAAGUCCCUCUGGCGCAAAGGAAUCUAAUGUAGAAGAAUAUAUAGCACAGGUGCCAGAGAUGCCUUCACCUCCCACUGCAUCUGGACUUUAUUGGCCUCACAGACUAAUUCCUCCAACUCAAGGCAAGAAUAACCAGGUCUUUGGCUUCUGUGAAUUUUACAAUCCUCCUCUAGUCCCUGAUAUCGGAUGUCAAUCUUCUCCACCUGAUUCUCCUCUGUCUAAGAGAAGAAAAUUGGUGGCUUAGCCUCUUACCUCAAGGGUUUUAACUUAUUUAUCUUUUUUUAUCACUGUUCUGUCAAUCUUCAGACCUGCCAAGCUGUUACAGGGUCUGAGAUGAAAGCAGAGCCUGCAUGCCACAUGCAUAUUUCUCAACCGAAAUGAUCCUCCAAGCACCCAAUCUGUGUAAUAACUAGUCAUUAUUCGUAUAACAUUUUCUGCAUCCCGUACUUGCAAUCAUGUAGAUUCAAUUUUCUGAAUAGUCUUGGGUAGAAUUGAUUGCUAAUUAGGAUCCAUUGAAUAUUUUAGCACUCUGCUGUGAUUUGGUGUGAGUUUGCUUGUACAUUAGUAGGAUACCAAACUAACAGUUAAACAGUUCAUCGCAACAUCUAAAUUCUGAUAAUGUACUGAAUUAUUCAUGUCUCUGUAAAAUAAUAAUAUUAUGUUUUACGAUUUC